AUGGAAGAAGACUACUUUGCCAUCCUGGACUGUGUUAAGGGCGACCGAGAUGUCCACCUGUGCCCCGCACUUCAUCUGCGGCGGCUCUCAGAGGAUCAGUAUGGAAGGCUGCGGCCCAAAACGAAGCAUUUCAAGCGACCCGUGUCCUCUUCAUACCAGGGAGAAGAGGGCUACCGCUCGGUAUACAUAAGGCAACAGCCGGUAUACUAUCACCUUCCACAGUUCAGACUCUCGCCUCUCAAUGUCGAGUCAGGACUUGGUUUUUCUGAUGGUGCUCGGUAUCGGCUGUUCGACAAGUACCCCGCGCGCUACUGGAAUUCUGCCACCAUGACACUCAGCGUCCGUUACUCUCCCAAAUUACAAGCCAUGGGAGUGUUUAGGUUCCAGAGCAUUGACAAGUCUUCCGAGAAAGUGGACGUGGUCGUGGGUUUGCGGCGCUUGAACACGAUGGAAUGGGAGGGAUGGUGCUUCCAAUUGGCAUAUCGUGACGAGUCUCUCGAGCAUGUUUUCCAAGAAAUCAACAAAAAGAUUGAAAAAACCACUCGCAAGUCCAACAAUAGCGAGAUGACUUCGUCAACUCUCCGUGACUCUCUUGGAGAGGACUCGACGUUGGCGAGCAGCGCAACGGUCGAGGGCGUACAGCUUCAAGGACGGCUCUACAUCUCCAUCUCAGUGAUCCCAAGAGCAGAACUUCUGGCUGAGAGUGCGACAUUUCAAAUUUCCACGAAUGCUAUAGAAUUAUCCAGAUGCAAUCAGACAGUAAAGUCCACAUCCUCCAAUUCGGGGGCGAGAGCAAUGACCGAAGUAUACUGCUGGUCUUCUAGCUCUCAAUUUGGGCUUGACCCCUCGUCUCCUUUGAUGUGGAUGGUCCAGCCUGUUCGAGUGACGUCUUUGUCAGGAGACGGUGCUUUUAUGAAGCCCCUCUACGAUUUCAUGUCACAACUUCAGCAGAAAAAAAUAAAAGGCGGCUCAAAUAAUACACUGAGUGCCAUCGAACAACUAGCUGAAGCUUUGUUCCUUAGAGAUUUAGACCGGGCUAUGACGCUAAUUAAAUUCAAGGUACCCGAUAUUAAUUCACGAACCACUGAUGAGUAUGGGUUUGCACCACUGCAUUGGGCUGUUGCAGGUGGCUCUUCUGACUGCAUUACGCUGCUCCGAAAGAAUGGAGCCGAAUGCAAGAUAUUUACAGAGAGCGGCCUGUCGCCUGCUCACAUUGCCGCACUCUGUAAUAAUUCGGUCUGGAGUGCUCUGGCACAUCUCAAUGAUGAAGGAGAGGCCGCAUGGCUUGCAAACGAGAGGACGUGGCCCUUUUCGGAGACGCCGCUGCAUCUGGCUGCAGCAUCCACCCCUGACACCGAGCUUGGUGAGCAAUUCUUUCAAGAGUUGCUGGAUUGGAGUUGGGUACCCACUGGACCGAACCCUCGAAAUAUUUUUGAAGAAACUCCGCUACACAGAGCCGCUGCUGGGAAUAACGCGAGUGCCAUUGAGGCUCUAGUCGCUUUUAGCCCUUGGGGUUUCAACAUAGACAAUGUGGAUCAGUACGGACGGACUUCGCUCUGGCAUGCCGCUGCUGCAGGCGCCUGUAAGGCUAUUAAGUCGCUAAUACGCUUGGGGGCAUCUGUCAACCUGACAGAUGAUCUGGGGAGGAGCCCUUUGCACGCAGCCUGUAGGGGAGGGCACGACGAUGCCGUCAAGUUGCUUCGUCAACACGGUGCAAGGUCAGACAUCGAGACCAACUCCCUGAACUUAUUGCCAAUGCAUCUUGCAGCCAUGUUUGGAUAUGUUGAUUGCUUGACGCUUUUCCUCGAUCCCUCGUGGCGAAUUGUUUCUCAGGCCAGUCUGGACAAGGCGGUCCAAAUAGCGGCCUCGUUCGGGAAGCAGGCAUGCGUGGAGAGUCUUUGCCAGUACGGUGCUAACCCGUAUGUGGCUUUUGAGUACUACUUACGACCCAGUGAUGGCCAUGCUGUUGUGGUCGAAAAGGAAGCCGACGCAUACACCGCCGCACGUUCGGAGCAGCAGUGGCAUAUUGUCAGCUAUUUCAAUACUUCGAAAGCACUAAGAGAUCUGCAAAAGCGUGUAUAUCCUAUCGAAGGACAGCUCGGCACGGACAAUUCAAUGCCGUCUUUCUCUGCUCCUAUCGAUGCGCUUCCGCCCAAGGGAGAAUCGGAACCAGCUUAUAUACUUUCUGAGCCCUAUUAUGGCAACCCAGCUCAUGAAAACGCCCCUGCCCCUGACACAAUGCCUCAUGCCAGCAACAAUCCCCAUUAUCCCAUCGCACCAAACACAGACACGCCCCUGCAUGGCAACCUGCCGGUUUCUGUUUCACCUUACGCGCCUCGGCAAAGACCGCCACAGGCCUAUGAAAGUCUUGGUCAACAGUCGUCCGCCAACCUACCAGCCCGGGCGAACCCUUGGUCUUCCGCGCCGUUAUCCCAGUCUAAACGGUUGCAGGAGCUGGUGAAUCCACAAGGUGGCUACAGAUACCAGAGCGCUCCAAGCCAAGAACGUCCAAUUAUCUCUGUAUACGCCUCAGCACCGGCGGCGGAGAAUUGGCCUCUUGGCCAGGGUAAUAGCUAUGGAAGAAGUGCAUCAGGUCCAACGUCGUGGUUUCACGCGAUGUGGCGCCACAAGGUACUGGAGAAACGACGAGGGCGAUAG